AUGUAUCUACUUUCGCAACUCAACGGCGCGACUGUGGACACCGGGGGCCAGGUCGAAACAACGGACAACGGUGUCAAGGUCAACACGUCAAACUCUCUGCGAGCUGGCCCACGCGGCUUCAAUUUGCUAGAGGACACCUCGGUGAGGAAAAAGCUGUUGCAUUUUGACCGUGAGCGUACGCCCGAGCGCGUGGUCCACGCUCUUGGCCAUGGCGCCUAUGGCAAGUUCGAAUCGUAUGGCGAUUGGAGUAAUUUGACCAUGGCCUGUUGGCUACAAGAAGGAGCUGUGAGUGAAGUGUUCACCAGAUUCUCAGUCGUCGUUGCGAGCUUGGGCGGUAGCGAAUCUGGGAGGGACACGCACGGUUUCGCCACGAAGAUUUACAGUCAAUGUGGCAACCAAGAUUUAGUCGGGAAUCACGUUCCAUCAUUCUUCAUCAAUGACGGAUCCGACUUUCCAGACUUGGUUCAUGCCGUCAAAUUUGAGGUCGACAAAGGCUUUCCUACAGGCGGCUCUGCUCACACAACAGCGUAUGACUUCUUCAAUCAACAUCCUGAGGGUGCUUUCCAGCUUAUGACAGUCCUCUCUGAUCUUGGCUUACCGAGGGACGUUCGACAUAUCUCUGGCAAUGGCGUUCACACUUUUCGCUUCAUCAAUGCUCAAGGUCAGUCGCAGUUGAUCAAAUGGUACUGGAUUCCUGUCCUCGGCCACCGAUCUCUUGUCUAUGACGAGGUCACCACGUUGCAGGGAAAGAACAACAACUUUCAACGUGUAGAUCUAUACAACAACAUCGCUGCCGGCAAUUACCCUGAGUGGGAGUUUGCAGUGCAGCUCUUUCCCGACGAUGGCACGUAUAUGUUUGAGGAUUUCGAUCUCUUGAUUCCCACUGUCGUCAUUCCCUUUGAGAGAAAUCCUCCGAUCAAGCUCGGAAAAUUGACGCUGAAUCGCAAUUUCGAGAACUUCUUCGCAGAACCCGAGUCAAUCUCGUUUGCACCAAGUAACGUGGUCGACGGUGUCGGCUUCGUUCCCGAUCCACUCCUGCAAUGGCGGCUGAUGUCUUACGACGAUACCGCAACACACCGCCACAACUCGCCGAAUGGUUAUAUGUUACCUGUCAAUCGUCCAGUAGCGCCCAUCAAUAACAAUUAUCGUGACGGUUACAUGCAGUUCAACAUAUAUCGAGGCGCAUCAAUCUCCACCCCAAAUACUCUUGGGGGCGUCAUCAGUGCGGAUCAGCAGCAAAGUCUACAAUACAGUCCCGCUUCCGGUCAGACGGCAGGCACAGGUAAUGUCGGCCGUUAUGCGCCAGUCUACGACUGGUUCGGCCAGGCACGUCUUUUCUGGCUUGGGCUGGACGUUUAUGCCCAGCAACAUACCGUUGAUGCGUACCGCUUCGAGCUCGGCAACGUUGCAAAUGCCUCGGUCGUGCAGUCAUACAUUGACCAGACACUAAAUUCGAUUGACAAUUGUCUGGCACGACGUGUCGCUUAUGGGGUAGGUGCAACAAUGCCUGCAGUAGGUUCUGGACCUGUCGAUAACCGCACGUCUGGUGAAGCCGAAUAUCCCAGUCUUUACCCACUAGCACCUGGUCGACAAGCGAACAAGUCCAAUGCCGGGCUCGACAUUGCUGUCAUCGCCAAUGACACCCUGUUCAGCUCCGCGGAUUUCCUGGCCGUGAUGCCGUUGUUGGAAGCACAGAAUGUCACGCUGACGAUAAUCGGGCCUCGCAUGGGCGAGCUUCAGACAGGGAACAACGCUUCGGCGUCUUUCAUUACUGCCAGUAGUGUCUUCUACGAUGCAGUGCUUAUUGGGUCUUCACCGACAGACAACACAACUACGAACAGUCCUGUAGGUUUGGAUGUCAAGGCAACGGCAUUUGUGAAGGAGGCUUACAGCCAUGGUAAAGCUGUUGGUGCGUUGGGCAAUAGUGGGGUUAAUGUUCUGCAGGGACUUGGCUUCCCAACGAACAGUUCUUUUGGGAUAUAUACCGGUGCUGCUGCAGAUGUUGCGCGCAGCGUACUUGAGGCCCUCAGUGGGCCGGUGAGAUUUCCGCAGAGAUUUCCCACUGACGAUGUACAGAUGAUCUGCGAGGGAUAA